GAGUGGCUUUGUGAUGGCGGCGACGGACGGCGAAUCGAUUCCUGUCUUCAUACGAGUCAAGAAUUCUGUGAGAAUCCUCGCAGCUGAUCUUUUGAAUGCGGAGAAAGGCCUGGCUUACAUCGUACAGGUGAUCUUGGAAGAGCUCGGCAGAGUUUCCAGACGGGAGAUCUUAGCGAUCCAGGAUUAUCCCAGGAAAGGAGUCUACGAUGUCACCUUUGAGGGCGAAGGUGUUUACCGCAGCUUCUUGAGCAUCCUGGGCGAAAAUUUGGCGGAUCCUCGACUGAGUGGAUUUAAAGUCGUUCCACAUUUUGCAGAGGAGGAAGUCUUUCUGAUUGUCAAAUCUUACUCUCCUUUUGUGCCACUUAAGGAGAUUGAGACGGUAAUAGGUAGGUACUGCAAAAAACUUGUUUUUGUAGGUAAAGUCCUCAACGAACUUGGUAUUUGGACGUCAAAAUACAGGUUCAAGGCCGUCUUUGAAAAGGGUACUUUCCCUCCUGCGAGGUUUCGUUUGGGCACAGUCAAUAUAGACUGCUUUUUCAAAGGUAUGCCGGAGUUCUGCAGAAGGUGUAGACAGUAUGGGCAUGUAUCGGAAGGAUGUACAGCAUGUCAGAAUUGUGGUAAGACUGGUCACGAGGUAAUGAAUUGUGUUCUCCCCAAGAAGUGCAACUUUUGUUUACAGGAAGGCCACUUGUACGUAAGAUGUCCUCAAAGGAAAGUGGAACCUGUGGAAGUUUCGGCAGAUUUGGGUGAGUUAUUUGUGCCAGUUGAUCUAACCCCCAGGUCUUCUGGUGAGGAAGCCUUGGCUGUGACAGAAUCGCAAGAAGGACCUGCAGUAAAGCGUAAGAAGGAGGAAGAAAAAAAAGAGAAGAAAAAGAAACCAGAGAAACCUGAGAAACAAGAUGUAAGUUCUGGUAUGGAAUCUAGUAGUUCUACUAACGUGCCUUCUCCUACCAGGGGGCAGAGACUCUUUAAGUUUUAUGACUGUAGGUCUGACAGAAUCCUCCAGGAAGCUUUAAGUGACUGGCCGUAUAAAGAAGAAUACGAAGAGAUGGUGGAAACAUGCAUUAGAGAUCAACCAGCAGAUAUGGUUAGAUUCAGAUUGUUGAAUUAUAUAAGUCAAUUAAAGUAA